UAUUUUAGCAGGCAGCUGCUCGUUUGUUCCAAAGGUCGGUGUUUGAAUUUGAGCUUGGUGAAGUACAGCUGUUUCUCGCUCAGUUCUGUUGGGAUUUUGUGCGGUGCAAAGAUGGCGCAAGCAAAAGCACACACAACAAUUCUGGACUUCGAGGUAAAAGAUAUCGAUGGCAACCCUGUAAAAUUGUCCAAGUACGACGGCUUUGUGACGCUCAUCGUCAACGUAGCGUCUAAAUGAGGCUUCACAAAGAAGAACUAUGCUCAGCUACAGGAACUGCACCAAAGUUAUGCUGAGAAAGGUCUUCGCAUUCUUGCUUUCCCUUGCAAUCAGUUUGGAGGACAAGAGCCUGGUACAGAGGGGGAAAUCAAGGAGUUUGUGAGUACUUAUGGUGUGGAGUUUGACAUGUUUGGCAAGAUUGAUGUCAAUGGAUCAAAUGCAGAUCCACUGUAUGUCUUCCUGAAAAAUGCCAAACAUGGAACACUGACAAACAACAUCAAAUGGAACUUUACAAAGUUUCUGUGUGAUAGGCAUGGGGUCCCUGUCAAAAGAUAUUCUCCAACCACCUCACCUCUUGACAUUGUGAAGGACAUUGAAAAGGAGCUUCUUAAAGAAUAACAUACAAUCCUAUCCUGUAAUAGUUGUGUCAACUGAGUUUGUGCAGUGCAACCUAUUGCACUUUUCAAUAAUAUGGUGCCCCUUUUUCUUCAACAAAGAGACUAUCUGACAGCAGGAGAAGAAAACCAAAAAUGCAAAUGGUACACAUUUCAAUUACCUGCCAGAACAUGGCUGCUUUUUUUUAAGUCAGCAAUGAUGCAUCUUGAGGGUAAUUCCUAGUUUGCAUGUUAUUAAGAAUUGCACGAUUUUUUUUUAACUUUUCUUUUAUAAAUUAUUCAAUUUUUACGCAACUUUCAAAUGAUGUGUAGUUGUGAGAAGUAAGAAUUUUCAGCUUUAAGAAACUUCUUAUUUCUUGCAACUACACAUCAUUUGAGAGUUAAGCAAAAGUUAAAGAAUUUAUUGAAUAGAAGCUUAAAAAAUGCACACUUCUCAAUAACAUGCAAACUAUGGAGUACUCUUCAAGAUGCAUCAACCCUUUCACUCCUAUGAUCUCUUUAUUUUCCUUACUGUCUGCCAGACAUUGCUAAUAAUUUUAGUUUGGAGAAUUUGGUAUUGAAUCAAAUGAUAAUCUACUAAUCGGAAUUUCUAUAUUCUCAUCACUUGUCUACUUGAGAUUGUAUUUAUAUUGUAAGGAGAAAUUCUGUCUUGAUCACCACCGGGAGUGAAAGGGUUAAGAAGGCAUGCUCCUGAAAUUUAAUUGAAGGAUGUCUAUCCAUUUUCAUGUUUUGUUUUGUUUUCUUCUCCUGCUAUCAGAUGGCGUUUUUGUUAUUUGAUACAUGCAGGUUAUCAUUUUCAGUAUUUAAAUUGUCUUGAACAGAGGACACUUUUGAUGUAAAGGUUACGUUUAACAAAUUGGCAGACUACUUUGAGAACUAGAAUGAAGGAAACGUUGGUUGUGUGAUUAACUUAUUAUUUUAUAACAGCACCAUACAUUUGUUGCCAAAGUUUUCUUUUCAUUGUUUAAACUCAACUGAUGACAGUCUGUUCGUAAAUUCUCUUAUCGAGUUUGAGCAGAAUUGAAGAUUGCAAGUAUGUGCAGAUUGCUUGCAAGUUGAGGGCUACUUUGACAAGAAUACAGGUCGAAAUGUAUACACGUGUGCAGUUGAACCCUAUUUAUGAGAGAGAAUGAAAGGGCUGCUGUUGGAGAAUAUUUGAUCAAAUUAAAGAGACUACAAAUCA